UUCAGUGCGUGUCUCGUUACCUAAACUGGUGUGUCCUCAACCGUCAACGCUGGAGAAACGGAGGCGAACAGGCGACGUUUAACUACCGGAAGUAGGUCGCAUGGAUUUAUUUCGUUUCCCGGUCCACACUGGGACUCUGGGGUAAAGAGUGGAAAAAACCUGAAAGUGAGCUUAGUGUGAGCUGCCCGGAGCUCGAAGGACGUUUUGUGUUAGGAGCAACAGCGUCCAUAUCAGGAGCGACCAUCUAACCGCUGACUGAAGUAACCUUAACGUCAUAGACACAACACUGGCAACUGACUGUUGUGACCAUACUUCCUCUGCUCAACAGUUUUGGGUUCAACACACCUCCACUCCUUCACAUUUCAAGCUGGCUCCUCUUCCCUAGAGGGCAGAGUUAAGUAUGGGGUAAGAGUGAACAGGAGACGCAAAGACAAGUCAAGUUGAGGAGGCCCACUCCCCUGCACAGGUGGUUACGGGUGCAGGGCGUUGUCAUGGCGAUGGCGCGGAAGAGGAUGAAGCUUGCGGUGACAGUGGUGAUGGUCAACCUCUUUGUUUUCAUCCUCAUUUUUCGACACAGCAGUCAAAAGAAAAACGGACGUCACAAGGUGCUAAUCCCCACCGCCCCCUUCUGGACCAAAUUGGCUCCCGUCGCAGCCUACUGGAACCGCCAGCAGCAGAUUGUGGACUUUCACAACAAUCCAGUCUUGGCUUUCAACUACAGCACCUCGGACCUGCCCGAGUGGCUGUCUGAGACCGGCUUGUCCAACCCCUGCGAGCCGAAUGUCAGGGUUACCACUCAGGUGAAAGACUACAAUUCCCUCCCAGACCGCUUCAAGGACUUUCUACUCUACAUGCACUGUCGUUCCUAUCCAAUCGUGCUGGACCAGCCUGAUAUCUGUAAGGAGCCACCGUUCCUACUCUUAGCUAUCAAAUCACAGGUUUCGCACUUUGACCGCCGCCAGGCUAUCCGUCAGUCGUGGGGCCAGGCCGGUGUUAUAGCCAAUCAGACGGUAGUUACGGUCUUCCUUCUAGGCAGUGCCACAACCUGGGAUUACCACCCAGAUCUGUCCGAGAGUCUGCACGAUGAGAGCGCCCGCCACCGAGACCUCAUCCAGUGGGAUUACCGGGAUUCGUUCUUCAACUUGACUGUAAAAGAGGUUCUCUUCCUGGAUUGGAUCCAGAGUCGCUGCCCGGAUGCCCACUUCAUCUUCAAAGGCGACGACGACGUGUUUGUCAACACCUACCACAUCCUGGAUUUCCUCAAGGGCCUCUCGGAGCCCAAAGCACGGGACCUGUUUGUCGGUGACGUGAUCACGGACGCAGGGCCGCACAGAGACAAGAAGGUCAAGUACUUUAUCCCAGAGAGCUUGUACGUCGGGAAGUACCCCCCAUACGCAGGAGGCGGAGGGUACCUUUACUCUGGUAACCUGGCAGCUCGUCUGCAGGGUGUGUCACACCGUGUUCCGCUCUACCCAAUAGACGAUGUAUACACAGGUAUGUGUCUGAAGAAGCUAGGACUGGGCCCAGAGAAACACAAAGGCUUCAGAACAUUUGACAUAGAGGAGAAGUACAGGUCCAACCCCUGCGCCUAUAAGAGCUUAAUUCUUGUGCACUCAAGGAGCCCGCAGCAAAUGAUCCAGAUCUGGUCCUGGCUCAGUAGCGCUGACCUGAACUGCCAGUGACGACUCCACCGCAGCCAGUUUGGCAUCAAGUGAAGCGUCCCUUG